AUGUCCCUGGCAUUCCGGGACGUGGCCAUCGACCUGUCCCAGGAGGAGUGGGAGUGCCUGGGCCCUGUGCAGAGGGCCCUGUACAGGGAUGUGAUGCUAGAGAACUACAGCAACUUGGUCUCGUUAGGGUGCCGCAUUCCUAAGCCAGAUGUGAUUACUCUAUUGGAGCAAGAGAAGGAGCCCUGGAUGGUACUGAGGGAGGGGACGAGAAGAUGGUGCUCAGAUUUGGAGUCUAAGUAUGUCACCAAGAAGUUAUUUCCAGAAAGGGAUGUUUCUGAAAUACAUUUAUCUCGAUUGCAGACAGUGGAAAAAAGUAAAACCUACAUCCAUGAGGACACCAUUUUCAGAAAUGAUUUGCAGUGUAAACAUGAAUUUGAGAGACAAGAAGAACAUCAGAUGGGAUGCGUUAGUCAAAUGAUAAUCCACAAACAUAUGUCUCUUCCUCUACAUCAGAAAAUUCACACUAGAGAGAAAUCAUAUGAAUGUAAGGAAUGUAGGAAGGCUUUUAGACAACAGUCAUACCUUAUUCAACAUCUGAGAAUUCAUACUGGUGAGAGACCCUAUAAAUGUAAGGAAUGUGGGAAGGCCUUUUGUCGUGUGGGAGACCUUAGAGUACAUCAGACAAUUCAUGCCGGGGAGAGACCCUAUGAAUGUAACGAUUGUGGGAAAACCUUUCGACUUCAUUAUCACCUUACCGAACAUCAGAGAAUACACUCUGGUGUGAAACCCUAUGAGUGUAAGGAAUGUGGGAAGGCCUUUAGUCGUGUUAGAGACCUUAGAGUACAUCAGACAAUUCAUGCUGGAGAGAGACCUUAUGAAUGUAAGGAAUGUGGGAAGGCCUUUAGACUUCAUUAUCAACUUACUGAACAUCAAAGAAUUCAUACUGGUGAGAGACCUUAUGAAUGUAAGAUUUGUGGAAAGACCUUUAGGGUACAACGGCAUAUUAGUCAACAUCAGAAAAUUCAUACUGGUGUAAAACCCUACAAAUGUACUGAAUGUGGGAAGGCCUUUAGUCAUGGCUCAUACCUUGUUCAACAUCAGAAAAUUCAUACUGGUGAGAAACCCUAUGAAUGUAAAGAAUGUGGUAAGUCCUUUAGUUUUCAUGCAGAACUUACUCGACAUCAUAGAAUUCAUACUGGUGAGAAACCCUAUGAAUGUAAAGAAUGUGGAAAAGCCUUUCGUCUCCAAACAGAACUUACUCGACAUCAUAGAAUUCACACUGGUGAGAAACCUUAUGAAUGUAAGGAAUGUGGGAAGGCCUUUAUUUGUGGCUAUCAACUUACUUUACAUCUAAGAGCUCAUACUGGUGAGAUUCCCUAUGAAUGUAAGGAAUGUGGGAAAACCUUCAGUAGUCGCUAUCAUCUUACUCAACAUCAUAGAAUUCAUACUGGUGAGAAACCCUAUGGAUGUAAAGAAUGUGGGAAAGCCUUUCGUCUUCAAGCAGAACUUACCCGACAUCACCGAAUUCAUACUUGUGAGAAACCCUAUGAAUGUAAGGAAUGUGGGAAGGCCUUUAUUCGCAGCAAUCAACUUAUUUCACACCAGAGAAUUCACACCAAUGAGAAUACCUAUGAAUGUAAGGAAUGUGGGAAGAUUUUUAGUCGUCGCUACAAUCUUACUCAACAUUAUAAAAUUCAUACUGGAGAAAAACCCUAUAAAUGUAAAGAAUGUGGAAAGGCCUUUCGCUUUCAAACAGAACUUACUCAGCAUCAUAGAAUUCAUACUGGCGAAAAACCCUAUAAAUGUCAGGAAUGUGGGAAAGCCUUUAUUCGUAGCAAUCAUCUUACUCAGCAUCACAGAAUUCAUACUGGUGAGAAACCCUAUGAAUGUAAAGAAUGUGGGAAGACCUUCAGUCGUCACUAUCAUCUUACUCAACAUCACAGAAUCCAUACUGGUGAGAAACCCUACAUAUGUAACGAAUGUGGGAGUGCUUUUAUUUGUAGUUACCAACUUACCUUACAUCAAAGAAUUCACACUGGUGAGAUUCCAUAUGAAUGUAAGGAAUGUGGAAAGACCUUUAGUCGUCGGUAUCAUCUUACUCAACAUUUUAGACUUCAUACUGGUGAGAAACCUUACGGAUGUAAAGAAUGUGGGAAUGCCUUUCGUCUUCAAGCAGAACUUACUCGACAUCACACAAUUCAUACCGGUGAGAAACCCUAUAAAUGUAAAGAAUGUGGGAAGGCAUUUAGUGUUAAUUCAGAACUUACGCGACAUCACAGAAUUCAUACUGGUGAGAAACCCUAUAAAUGUAAAGAAUGUGGGAAAGCCUUUAUUCGUAGUGAUCAACUUACUUUACAUCAGAGAAAUCAUAUGAGUGAGGAAACCCUAUGCAUAAUGUAAAGAGGAUACAAUGGCCUUUAGAAAAUGCCUUUUAUAACAGCAGAGAACUCAUAAUUUAAGAAAUUUUUUACUUGUUAGGGAAUCCCUUUUGUUUCAUGUGCAAAACUUAACAGAAAUAAUUUUAUACUAUAUAUUGAUUUAACAAGUUGAAAAUUACAGCAUCACCCAGUCUUGGUUAAACUUUCACAGACUGAUACUGGUACAAUGCAUCUCAGACCAAGGUAAAGGACCUUCCCCCCUCAAACUUGGUUAUUGACCAAUACUUUUAUAAAAUGCAAUAAAAUUGGA